GCUACUCCCCGAAAGGCUCUGACAGCGUCUAUCCACCUCCCUCCACCAUCACACAGGAGAAUCUCUGCAGGGUGAGACGUCUGGGCUACUACGACCACACCCAGAGGCAGCUGGGAGAGAGGGCCCUCUACGUCUUUCCAGCUAAGGGGGACGCCACACGCAUCACCUGUGAGGGACCAGAGGGUGCAGCUGUCCUGCCUGAAGACCCUGUGGCCAGAAAGCUGAAAAGGAUGUUCAAGAAGGAUUCAGGAAAGAAGACGGAGAACGCUGACACACAAGACUCCCAAAACACAGACACCUCAGCUGAGCACGGGGACCAGGACGCCGACGACGAGGCUGCAGAGGACACUGACGACACCAGCUCUUUGACGUCGUCUGCGAGCUCCACAGCCUCGUCUCAGAGCGGCGGGCUGGGAACAAACCGAAAGAAGAGCAUCCCUCUCUCCAUUCGCAACCUGAAGAGGAAGCACAAGAAGAAGAGGACCAAGUUCUCCCGGGAGUUCAAGCCUGGAGACCGGGUGGCAGUAGAAGUUGUAUCCACAAAGACCACGGCUGAUGUGAUGUGGAAGGACGGGCGGGUGGAAAAGGGGAUACGAUCAAACGACCUCAUCCCGAUCCAGCACCUCGAUGGCCAUGAGUUUUGUCCCGGGGACUUUGUCGUAGACAAACGAUCCCAAGCCCUCCAGGACCCGGGAGUGUACGGAGUGAUCCAGUCAGGUGAUCACAAGGGCAGAACAUGUGUCGUCAAGUGGAUCAAACUCAACUCCACGAGUGACGACGUGGAGGUUAUCGGUCUGGAGGAGGAUGUCAGUGUGUAUGACAUCGCAGAUCACCCCGAUUUUCACUUCCGCACCACUGACAUCGUCAUCAGAAUAUGGAACUCUGAGAAAGGAGAGAACGACUGUGAAAAUGAAACGUCAGUGGGCCAGGUGUCCAGGGUGGAUGUGAGCAGCAAAGUGGAGGUGGUGUGGGCAGACAACUCAAUGACCAUCGUCCUGCCACAGCACCUCUAUAAUGUGGAAUCUGAGAUCGAGGAGACGGACUACGACUCCGUGGAGGAAACCAGCAGCGUCCUGUCCACUGAGGAGUGGGAGGACGAGAGCGACAGCUGGGAGACGGAUAACGGACUCACCACCGAGGAUGAUAGCCACAUCAACAAUGCCGAUGUCACGGACACAGCGACCCCAACCCCGACGCCCACUGGCUCCACAAACUUCAUCAUCCCCCCACAGGAGGGCAGCAAAGGCGGCAUCACCAGCCCCACUAAAGCUGUUUCUGGAGAGGAGGGAGAAGCGGCUGUGGCUGUGGCCAGUCCUUCUUCUGGAGGAGGAACGACUCCAGCAGGCACUGUCAACGGAGCGGAGAAGCCCAGCAAAGAUGGAGCCUGUCGGGGCUUCAGGGAGUUGAAAGAAGCCAUGAGAAUCCUGGAGAGCCUGAAGAACAUGACUGUGGAGCAGCUGUUGACCACCGGCUCGCCAACGUCUCCGACCUCAGCCGAACCGGCCUCCACAACUAACGUAGCGAGUGCAGUGACACCCGCUGCCCCGGAGAAGCCCACCAAGGAGAAACGUUUCCUGGAUGACAUCAAGAAGCUGCAGGAGAACCUGAGAAAGACGCUGGAUAAUGUAGCCAUCGUGGAGGAGGAGAAGAUGGAGGCUGUGGUGGAGGCAGGCGGAAGUGGAGGAGCAGGCACAGAGGUGGAGAGAGCUGGAGAGGAGAAGCCCCAACAGGAGCCUCAGACACCAGUAAGUGGACAAGAGUGGCCCAGCGAGUUUCUCAGUGACACACCAGUACUGUGCCAACAGAGCGGAGGCAAGCCCGGCGUCACAUUCACCAGUGCCAAGGGAGAGGUGUUCUCUGUGCUGGAGUGGGCACCAGACACCCACUCAUUCAAGAAAAUGGAGUUUCAACCGGCUGAGGCAAGGAAGUUCUUCAGCACAGUGAGGAAGGAAAUGGCUCUGCUCGCAACGUCACUUCCAGACGGCAUCAUGGUCAAAACAUUUGAAGAUCGCAUGGACCUUUUCUCCGCUCUGAUCAAAGGGCCGACUCGUACGCCCUAUGAGGAUGGUCUGUUCCUGUUUGACAUCCAGCUGCCCAACAUCUACCCUGCUGUGCCGCCGCUGUUUCGCUACCUGUCGCAGUGCAGCGGCCGCCUCAAUCCCAACCUCUACGACAACGGCAAAGUCUGUGUCAGUCUACUCGGCACCUGGAUCGGCAAGGGGACAGAGAGGUGGACCAGCAAGUCCAGUCUGCUGCAAGUCCUCAUCUCCAUACAAGGCCUCAUCCUGGUGAAUGAGCCUUACUAUAACGAGGCUGGCUUUGACAGUGACCGAGGUCUGCAGGAAGGGUAUGAGAACAGCCGCUGUUACAAUGAGAUGGCCCUGAUCAAGAUGGUCCAGUCUAUGACGCAGCUUCUACAGAAUCCUGUGGAGGUUUUCAAACAGGAAAUCCAGGAGCACUUUGUCUGUAACGGCUGGCGCCUCGUCCACCGCCUGGAGACGUGGCUGGAGCUGAACGACGGCGCUGAGAGGGGCCAUGCAGCACACAUGUCCUACAGGGCUUCACAUUCUAAAGACCGACCGCCCUCAGUGGAGCCUCUUGACGAGCAGCUGUCCUUGGGAACAGGGCCCCUGGUGGUGGCCCACAGCAGCCCCAGUAAGCCUGGUGAGGAGGGGAUCACCGGAGGAGGAGUUACCAGUAUUAUGGAGGAGGAGCUGGAGGAUUCAGGGCUCAGUCCUUCCACCACAGCAGCCUCUCAGCAGGAGCUGAGCCAGAACUCAGACUGUGACAGCAGCCAGGGUAACGCCUCUCUGUGUGGCGAAAGCAGGGCCCCCUCCACAGUUCCUGGCACUGUCCGUGGUGGGACAUCAGAAUCAGGUUCUACCACGCUUAGCGGAGGAGGGGUAGUCUCCACAGCAAGCCAGCCAGUGGUACGACCAAAGAAACGGAGAAAGAGCUACCGGAGUUUCCUCCCAGAAGGCAGCGGCUACCCAGACAUCGGCUUUCCACUCUUCCCGCUCUCUAAGGGGUUUGUUAAGAGCGUCCGAGGUGUGCUGCUGCAGUACCGAGCUGCGAUGGUCGCUGCCGGCGUCCCUGAGCACACAGAGGACAAGUAAGUGCCUCCUCGCCCUUCCCCGACACCCCUCUGCACUGCUUCCUGCUCUUUUCCUCCUCCGUCUCUUCUAACUUUUCAUCUGCCUCAAGCUGUAGAGGAGGAUCCAUUACUUCUCUGGGGGGAGUUUACAAUUUUCAAUCUCCUGUACUCCUGUCCAGAGCUGCACUGUGCCCCCAGCACUGCCUACAUUUUUGACCUCCAUUUCUAAGUCUGUCUUGCUCCUGCUGCCCCAACUCCACAACGUUGAACCUUUUUUUCCCCCAUAAACCCUCUCGAUCGCACCGCGACUGCA